AGCUCAGCCAAUGAAACACAAGGCAGAAGUAUUGCAUCAUGGGCUGAUCAGACCCCCCUGAGGGCAGCACAGCGUUCACUGGACCUCUGCUCAGGAACUCAGCCAUGUUUGUUGCAAAUAGCCCCUGUUGCCAUUAGGGGAUGCUAUGUUCAUCAUGGAACAGACCAUCUCUUCCAGAACAGGGACAGAGAAAUUCCCCAGAGAGUUCACCUCUUGGAAGCUUGCCACCUUCUGGGCAUAUUGGGAUUUACACACCAGAGUAUCAAAACCAGAAAACAUUCAGAAGAGGUUCUUCAAUCAAAAUGAAAACAUCACAGGAGAGCUCUCAAAUUGUCGCCCCAAUGGAGAGAAAAUGCAGUUGCCGAAAGGAAAAAGACAAAGGAAACUCAGACUUCAGAGCCCUCCCUAUUCACAGAUACAGGCAGAAACUAGUUGACGCUGUCAGAGACAAUUCAUUUCUUAUUGUGACUGGGGAGACGGGGAGUGGCAAAACUACCCAGCUCCCUAAGUAUCUAUUUGAAGAAGGCUUUCUAAAGCAUGGAGUGAUUGGUGUGACUCAGCCACGCCGAGUAGCUACCAUGUCUGUGGCUCAGAGAGUGGCUGAGGAGAUGAACUCUUCACUGGGAAGCAUAGUGGGAUAUCAGGUUCGCUUUGAUGACUGCACCUCUGAGGGUACUGCAAUCAAGUAUAUGACUGAUGGCUGCUUACUGAGACAGAUACUGGCAGACCUCCAUCUUACCAAAUACAGCGUCAUUAUACUGGAUGAAGCCCAUGAGCGGAGCUUAAGCACAGACAUUUUAUUUGGCUUGCUGAAGAAACUAUUCCAACAAAAGAAGCCUCCCAAGAGAAGGAAAGCCUUGAAGGUGGUGGUGAUGUCAGCCACCCUGGAGGUAGACAAGCUCUCAGAGUUCUUUGGAGGCUGCACAGUGGUGGACAUUCCAGGAAGGAAUUAUCCCAUCAAGGAGAUAUUCUGCAGCCUGCUUGGCCCAAAGGAUGCAGAAAGCUCUGCUUAUGUUACAGAGGCUGUAAAAGUGACCCUGGAUAUCCACUUGAAUGAGUCAGCGGGAGACAUCUUGGUUUUUCUGACUGGACAAUCUGAGAUAGAAAGAACAUGCGACUUACUUUUCCAAAAAGCAGAAUCUAUUGAUUACCGCUAUGAUGUGCAAGAUGGUUCUGUUGAAGGUUUGCUUAUCUUACCAUUGUAUGGGUCAAUGCCAACAGAUCAGCAGAGAAGAAUAUUUUUGCCACCUCCUCCAGGCAUUAGAAAAUGUGUUGUAUCCACAAACGUUGCUGCAACUUCUCUGACAGUUGAUGGAAUCAGGUAUGUAGUUGAUAGUGGAUUUGUGAAGCAGUUAAAUCAUAACCCCAGGGUUGGCUUGGACAUACUGGAGGUGGUUCCCAUUUCAAAGAGUGAAGCAAUGCAACGAGCUGGCCGAGCUGGCAGGACAUCACCUGGAAAAUGCUACAGGGUGUACAGCAAGGAAUUCUGGGAUCAGUGUAUGCCUGAUCACAUGAUCCCAGAGAUAAAGAGAACUAGUCUUACAUCUGUGAUCUUGACCUUGAAGUGCCUUGCUAUACAUGAUGUCAUAAGGUUCCCUUAUUUGGACCGCCCUGAAGAGAGGCAUAUUUUAGAGGCUCUUAAGCAACUUUACCAGUGUGAUGCUAUUGACAGGAGAGGCCACGUGACAAGACUGGGAGAGUUUUUGGUGCAAUUUCCUCUCCCUCCAAACCUGACCUGUGCUGUCAUAAAGGCAGCUUCUCUUGACUGCGAAGAUCUGUUGCUUCCCAUAGCUGCGAUGUUGUCUGUGGAAAAUGUCUUCAUACGGCCUGGUGACCUUCUGAAACAAAAGGAAGCAGAACUCCGCCACCAGGAGCUGUCAUUAGAGGCAGGAGGAUGCAAUGAUUUUGCAACCCUUUUAAACAUCUUUGAACAGUGCAAAUCAAGCAAGUCUCCUGUAGCUUGGUGCCAGAAACACUGGGUCCACUUCAGAGCUUUAAAAUCCGCUUUUAGUGUGGAAGCACAACUUCAGGAAAUAACCAGUAAGCUUAAACAGCUGUCAGACUUCCCAAGAGAGCGUUUUGAUGGCUCCAAAAAUGAGAUACUCCAAAGAUGUCUGUGCACGGGGUACUUCACCAAUGUAGCCAGAAGGUCCGCAGGCAGGACAUUCUGCACGAUGGACGGACAUGGUAGCAUAGUCCAUCUUCAUCCUUCAUCAGCACUCCAUGACCAGGAACUUCAACCUGAAUGGAUCAUCUUCCAUGAUGUCCUGGUCACAUCUAAAAUUUAUGUGCGGAUGGUGUGUCCUAUUCGCUAUGAGUGGGUCAAAGACUUGUUGCCCAAGUUACAUGAAAUUGAUGUGUAUGAACUGAGCAGUGUGGCACGGGAAGAGGUGACCGAGGAGGAAAUAACCAAGUGGAAAAACAAGGAAGACCUCAAACGACAGUAUGAAAAAAUAAAAGAUGACUCUGCAAAGAAGAUGGAGAAAAGGAAUGAUGAUAAAUCAAUACAGGAUGCCCGAGUGCGCUACCUCCAGAGAAAACAGCAAAGGGCACAGUGUAUAAAUGCCACGCUAAAGGCGAUAGGCUAGUACAGCAAUGAGUGCUCUUGCAAAGGCACUCCGUGCAAUUGCUUGUUGAUAAGCUUGCCGCAUAAACACACCAAAAAAAAAAAAAGGUGAGAACUGAUGGAAGUUGCCAGUUCACAUGGAGUCUGCUCAGGGGCACAAACCUGAUACUCCUUGCUGUUUUUGUGACAGACAGUGAGGAAAGGUUAAUGAGCUGAACUUUCAUUGCCAUGUGUCCUAGGCAGUAACUUAUUCACCGCAAAUGUGGCUGAAGAAGCAGUAUUUACAGCCUGUUCUGUGUCACUCAGUUGGAAUUGGAGUUGGCCUCUAAAAACGGGCAUUGUGUCAAUGCAAUCUUUAGUAACAUUUUCUUGAAAACCUUGUGAAAUAGAGUAUAACUGUCCAGUGUUACAUUUUUAAAAAAAUAUAUAUUUAUUUCCUUCUGUAAAUUGUUGGCUUAUAGGACCUGUGUGGUGUGAUUGUUUCACUAAAUUAUGUAUAAUAACCAUUUUUACGUUGUAUAGUACUUCAUGUGCUCUUUUAACGAGGGAAUAAUAAGAAUCCAAAUUAGAAAGGUUUAUGUCAUUUACCUAUGUUCUGCCUUAUGCAGGAUCAUUACUUGCUCUGUAUUUAGCUGUACCAUACACAGUGAUUGCUUUGGCAUUAAAAUGUCUCAUUUGGAUGAAAUUUUUUUGGUAAAUGGAUCUUUGCGUUCUUGCCAUCAAGGCAUGGCCUGUUUGUCAUAGGGAAGUUGCCCCGCAUUGCUAUCAUCUAGUUGGCAAAGAAGCAGCAGUCUGUCCAUUUCUCCUCUCCAGAUGGUUACAUCCCACAGUCCACCAACAGGCCACCGCCUCCUCAGAGCUGUCUGAUUUAAUGUUAGAAUGUUUAUUAAAUGAUGGUUUCUGAGAAGCAUUUAUGGGGUAAAAAAGAUGGUGUCUACAUCCUUGUAUUAAGGGUAACUGUGGAAAGAUGCUUCUUUUCUUGAUGUUUGUUUACUUUCUAAUAUUUGUCAUGAGUCUGUGGUUAGGCUUGGUGUAGGGCAUUAGGAAGGGGUGUAAUGUUUUCCUGCUGCUGAUAAAGUUGCUUAGAGAAGAAAGCUAUUGUGUGUGGAUGCCCCCUUUCUUCAAGAGCACUCUUGGGCUGGACUAAAAAUCAAAACAGUCAUUUGAAAAUAUAUGCAGAUUGGUUAGAUAUUGAGAAGCAUGCAUCUGGCUGCCACCUUUUUGCACCAGUUCAUAAUAUGACCAAACCACACUGCCUGAGGUCAGGACCGAGUGAAUGUCACUAGCAGCCAUCUCUUUAUAGACAAUGAAAAAAAUGUGGUGGACAAGUUUUCACAAAACAGAUGGUUUCCUCCUCUUACGAUAAUCCUAUAACGUAUCAUUAAGGUGAAGUCGUUUAGAUAGUAAGCGCCAGAAGGAAGGGACCAUGUCUUACUUUCUGUUAUAGGAGCUGAGCUUACAUUUGAUUCUCAGUAAAAUAAUGAACUUUGUAUAAAACCACUAUUGCAGGUAAUCAGCUCCAAAAAGGAUAGUGUAACAUUCCUACGUCUGAGCUCACGUUUCUUGUGGCUUUCAUUUGUGGGUAGUGUCCAGCUGUGCUCUCUUCUGCCCGCCCUCUUUGCUAAUUGGUUGAGACAUUUUUCAUUAUUAUUUAUUUCUAUUAUUGUAGUGCCUGGAAGCCUCGUCUGCUAGGUGCUGUUCUGCCAGAGAAUAAAAAGACAGCCCCUAUCCCAAAGAGCUUACAUGAAACCCAGGCUGCUUCUUCACAAAGAGUCUCCAUUCUACUCCAAUAGAAAUCAACAGCAAAACUCCUGUUGGCUUCACAGGGUGGUACUGAGCACCUACAUUUCCGGCUCCCUUUAAUGGGAGAUGCAGCUGCUUAGCUCCUCUCGCAGGUGUUUCUAUUCGUGUCAAUACAGCACCACUCAGUUACAAGACAGUGACACUGUGUUGGAACAGUGCAGCAUGCAAAGCCUUAGAACAAAGAGGCUUCCCUGGUGCUAUAUUCUGAAGGGGUAGACUUGAUGGCGUUUGUGGAAAUGAAUGCUUACAUGUGAGUUGUGUAAUAUUUUUAGGCCUCUAGACUAACAUUAGGAAGUAAGGUCUCAAAAGCCUACAGGAUACUAAUUUGGAUGAGACUGCAGGAAAACUCUGUCUUGCAUAAAAAGCAGUGUAUCUAGUAUACAUUGUACUGCAAUUUGUGAUCAAUAUUAAAAUUCUGUAUUUCUGGCAGGGUCCAUCAUGUCUGGUGUGUUUUCCAAACAGAGAAGGAAGCAUGAUCCCUUCAUCAAGGAGCUUACAAGCUAUAGAGGCUACAGAGUACUCCCUAUGCUGCUCUGCAAAGGACAGUGUUAACUCGCUGGAUUGUAAGAGGCUUAGCUAAGGCUAUAUUACAGAUAUUAACAGUAAUAACAGGAGCAAGAGCUAAUGCCUACAGAUUGUGUAAGUUGCAGCCAUAUUGCCCUUAACAAUGUGAAAUUCAGUGCUGCCCACGACUUCUCUAAUUCCCUUUGUGUAUACCAAAUGCAGAGGUAGCUGCAAAAUGAAUGCCUUUCUAGUUCCUACGGGGAUGAGUGAAUCAAUAUAUUCUUGGGUGAGAUCAGUGUAAGUAGUAGUAUGUCUAAGGCUCUUGGUUUGUUGUGUUUUACAGUGUAUUCAAAUGGAAGAGCUUUUUGUUCUUUCACAGUCAUUACUUCAGUGUGUGCUCUUUAGCAGCCAGCACUCUGUUCCUCGCUAAUUUGAUAUGUUCCUCCUUGCUUUUGCAAGGGGCCUGCAACCCAGUAUCGUACUGUUUGAAAGUUAAUGCACUUGCAGUGUCCUUUCAGAUGAUGUCUGUACCACGUACUGAGUCUGACAUUUGUAAGCAUAACACACACACCUACUCAGGGCCCAUGUCCCUCCUGACAUAUAGUUAUGCAGAGAUUUCCUUUGACUUCCUUAGUAGCAAUGAAGCAUCCUUUUUUUAACUUGAAAAAUGACAUCAGUAUCCCUGAUUUUGCAAGCACAAAGUCCUAAACAAAUAGGAACCAAUUGGUUUCUUGCUAUGGCAGAAGUGUUUGCUUAAAAAAUAAAGUUACUGAGGAGCGAUAUUACAUUUAAUUUUUUCUCUUUCUAACUGAACACAUCUGAGCCUCAUCUCUUGCUUGUUAAGCCUUUUUAAUCUAUUACAUUGUUUUGCAGUUCUGGCAAACAGACUUGAAAAUGUGAAUUUAAGAUCCAACUAUACAAGAAAGUAGCACUGCAACAUAAGCCCACAGCAUAAGGAAAAUAUGAAUUUAGUUUGACGUGGUGUCCUUAACUUACCCUCUUUAAUUUACUCUAUUUGGCUACAGCAGUACAUAUGGUAUGUAAGAUCCUCUGAUAAAGGACCACAUGUGUUGUAAUGCAUUGGUUAAAGAGGCUAUGACAGCUUUAACUCAACAUAUCUUAUGGGGUUAGGUUACAAGAGGAUUUUUUUCUUAUUUUUUUAAAAGUUACUGUACGGGUAAAGUUUGAAAAUUUUCAUUAUUGCCACUGCACACAGCAAUAAUGUUUUUAUUAAAAAUCCCUCUGACAAGACCUGGAAUUGUAGGGGACACCUGAAACCUUGGAAUACUUUUCAUUUUUGUAUAAUUUUCUAUAAUUUAAAAAAGAUCCUGGCAUGUGUUUCUGUGGAGGAAAGAGAUGAAUGUUGAUUUGCUAUAUGGUCAAAAUUGUAUUUUGACCCUUUUCCUGCUUGUUAUGAGGAACUGCUAAUCCAUGCACUGUAAAUUAAAACUUUAUAUUCCAUGAA